AUGUAACUAUCGGCUGUCUUUAGUAACUAAAAAUCAAUAUUUUAAAAUUUAGCAGCAUUUUAAUUAUUCUAUGUGUUAUCGUCUACAGGAAAUAAAAUUCUCAUAACUACUUACAGUUAUAUAUUCCCCUUGAUAAAUCCUGAUUUAUCUGAUAAUCUACUUCUCAUUCAAAAAGAAAUAGGUAUUUUUAAUGAUAUUAAAUUAUGGCAUUAUCUAUCAGUAGGUGUAAUAAAUAACGAAUUUUAAUUUUAUGUAACAUUCUUUGAAGAUUUUAUGGAAUAUUAUUAUGAUAGUUUUGAGUUUGUGAAUCAUUUUCAUCUAGUAAGAUAUUAAUUAGAAAUUGGAAAUAUUUAGAAAUAAUCAACAAAUUAUCUUAACUUUUAGUUUAAGGAUAUGGAUUUUGAUAAUUGUCCUGAAUUUAUUGAUUCUUUUGCAUUUUGUCACUUUAGUUGUGAAAGAUGUGAUGGUCCUACAAGUUCAAAUUGUUUAUCUUGUUCUUCAGAUAGAAUUUAUUUACCAGCACAUAAAUCUUGUAUAUGUCCAUAUGAUACUAUUGAUAGUUAUGAAUGUAAAGAUCACUAAAAAUUAGGAUUAUUACUUAAUUAUGAUGAUGAACCAUUAAAUAAAUGUUAAUUUGGUUAUUUUGAGUUUGAAAAUGAAUGCAUGUUAUGGUAAUAAUAAUUUUAAAUUUUAGUCCAUCAAUAAUUUAGGAUAAUUUUAUUACAUGUUUAGAUUGCUUAUAAAAUCCAGAUUCAUGGUAAUAAAAACUUUUUUGUGAAAUUAAUUUAUCUUCAUAUGAGAGUUAAAUAUCAAUAUAAAUAAAGGAAGAUAUUUAAUACUUUAUUUUAGAUGGUAAUGAUAUUAAUGUUUGUUUGCAGUGUAAUACUUAUUAAAGUCCUUAAUAUGAUGAUUAUUAAUUUCAUACCCAAUAAUUCUAAUAAUUAUGUAUAACAACUUAUGAUGAUUAUUUACCAAUUGAAUACAAAAAGAGAUGCUAUAAAUGUGAUUUGCAAUUUUGCUUAGUCUGUAAAGUUAAUCUUCUGAGUCUUGAAUGUGUUUUGUGUAUGGAACCAGCUAUAGUAAUUAAUGGUAAAUGUGAAAUUUAAUAUUUGUAUCCAAAAUCUAAUGAUUGUGUUAAACCUUAUUAUUUGGAUUCACUAAGGAAUUGCAAAUUAUGUGAUAUUGAAUAUUGUAAAUAUUGUUUUGAAUAUUCAAGCAAUGAUUUAAGUAAAAGUACGCUUUAUUACAAUUUUAAUUAAUUUAAUAAGGAUGAGUUUCAUAAAAUAGGUUGUGCUCUAUGUGAAAAUGAAUUUAGGUUUGAUUUUAAUAAAGGCAAAUGUUUAUACAGUAAACCAUCUAUUUAAAAUUGUAUCAGAUCUUAUAUUAGUUUAGAUAAUAUUGAAAUUUGUACAUUAUCUUAAAUUGAAGACUUUACAGUAGCUCCUUAAAUUAGUAAUUGUUUAACUUUUAUUGAAAAUUGUAAAUAAUGUAUUUAAGAUCCAUAGAAAGAAAUUAAAUGCAUUUUGUGCGAAGAUGGCUAUACUGCUUCAAUAUAAACAGGUUUAUGUUAUAAAUGCUCAAUUGAAAAUGCUAAAAAUUGUAUAGAAGGAUAAGCCUAGUUAUAAGAUAGUUAGAUACAAUUAGUUUAAAGUUUUAUAAUGUAAUUCCUAAAUAAUUAUUUUUAUCCUACUACUUAAAACAUUGAUAAAAUUGUUGAGCUACCUUUAGAAUGUUAAAAUGGAUUUCAAAUUAUUUCAAAAAUCAAAUGUCUUUAAUAUUGUGAUACAAAUUGUUUAUCAUGCAUAGAGUAAGAACGAUAGUUUCAUUGUAAUAAAUGUCCUUUGAAUUACUAUAAAUAACCUAUAAAGUCUUCUGAAAAUGGAAAGUGCCUUUUAUGUACUUAAUUAUGCUCAAUUUGCCAAUCUAGAACAAUUUAAGAAAUUAAUGUAUUAUUUUUUAUGUAGACUAGAAAAUUAAUCCAUAUUUUGUAAUAACAGAUUCAAAUAAGUCUUACACAUAUAAAUGCUUGUAAACAAUUAAAGAUAAGAAUAUUAUUAUAGAUCCUUAAACAAAUAUUGCCAAAUAUUGCUACAAUUAUUAAUGUACUGAUAAUUUAGUAUAUAAAGUAUUUAAAAUAAUUAUUUUAUUAGUUUGAUGUGAAUUGUAACAAUAUAAACAAAAUAUUUAAUGAAAUAUUUAGUGAGCAUUACGAAAAAAAUAUUAAUCCUUAAUAUUGUAAUGAAUUUGGAGUCAAGAAGAUUCUUAUAAAAAUAAAUUAAAUUAAAUCUUUGUUCUUAUGCCCUGAUAUUGAUAUAAUAGUGAUGGAAAACAAAUUAAAAAAGAAAAUAUUUUCCCUUUAAGAAACACAUCUCUAAAUUAAAAGAGAAUAUCAUGUAGAGGAAAUUUUUAUAGGAAAAUUAAAUUUAAAUAAUUUUGAUUCAGUUGAGAUAAAUUAAAUGAUAUUUUUUAUUAACAGACCUACUGAUUGGUAUUUAAGUAAUGGUGAAAAAUCUUUAGACUUAAUUAUACUAAAUACUCUAUUUUAUUCUAAAGUUUAUCUAACACAAUCAUAUUCAAUCAAAGUAAAAAAAUAUCGCAAACUCAUUUUGAAAAAUGUGACAUUUGAAAAAAUAAAUAUAUAUAAUUAAUCUCUUAUAGACGGCUCCUAAUUUGAAUCUAAUAGUGAAAUAUUUAUCCAAAAGUUGCAAAUAUAUAAUUCUUAAUUUUAUUAAUCGAAUUUAUUUAAUUUUAUUAGUUUUCAAAAUAAAAUUACUAUUGAGUAUCUAGAAAUGAUCAACUGUUCUAUAUAAUAAAGUGAAAUAUUGUAAUUCCACACCAAUUUCAAUGUUUAAGUUGAUAUCAUUAAUAUGAAUAUUCAAAAUAAUUAUUUCACUAACUCAACUUUUAUAAAUGGAAAAGGAAUUUUAUCGAUCAACUUUAUUUAAACAUAAUUUUCCAAAAAUCAGGUAUCAAAUUCUAUUAUAUUUUAUAUCAAUUUGAUAUCGUAAUUCUCUUAAAUUUAUAUAAAUCAAAAUAAUUUUAUUGACUCUAAAAUUAUUCUUAUUGAUUAAAAAUAUGAAGGAAAAUCUUUAAUGAAAAUAGAUGAUUUUUAAAUAAAAUUUAAUACAUUUUUUAAUUCUGUUAUACUCAAAUUAGAAGUUAAAGAAAAUGAAGCAGCAAUAUAUUUUUACAAUUUAUAUUUACUUGGAAAUGAGAGAAUAGAUGAAGAAAUAUUUAAAUACAUAUUAUUUUAUUUAAAUUCUAAAAGAUUUCAUCUGCAAAAUUGUGUUCUAAAAGAAUAAUUUUUUUAGAGCCAUUUCUCAUUAUUUGAAGUUAGUAAUAUAAAAAUUGAAAAUGUAACUUAUUUUAACUAAAAGCAAUUGUAUAUAAUUCCUUUGAAAUAAAAUUGUACCGAUAAUAAGGAAAAAAACUAGUUGUUUUUAAUAUAAGGAUUUUAAAACCUUGAAAUGAAAUUUAUCAGAAUUGAAAAUAUUUCUAGCAUUGAUAACUCUUUUAUUUAAAUUUUAACUAAUGUUUUAUAAUUUUAAAAUACUAAUUAAACGAUAUAUUUUUAGGAUAUCACAUUUUAAGGAAAUAUAAUUUAAAAAUUUACUUAAGGGGAAUUAAUAUCAUUUUUAUUGAUUUAUUCAGAAACUAAUUAAGCAAUUACUUGUAAAAACUUAUUUUUUUAAUAAAACUUUUUUCAUUAGAUUCUUGAUGAUUAUUCUUCAAACUCCGCUGGUCUUAUUUAUAUAUAUUCUUAAUAAAGUAUAGUGAAUUUACAAAAUUCUUCUUUUUGUUAAAAUGGUUUAACAAAUUCGACAAGCCCUUUUAUUUAUAUAAGUACUGCAAAACUUAAUAUUAAUGAUAUAGUUAUUAAAAAUCAUAAUAUUUUAUCAAAUGAUAUUUGGAAACAAUAUUAUUCAAUUGAUGUUUAAAGCCAAUUCAAUGAGCAUGAAAUUAUUAUGUUUUUAAAAUAAAUAUUUUAAAUGAAAAAUAUAGGAGGAGGUUUUUAAAUUAUUACAACAAAUUUAAAUCUAACUUAAGGAUACUUUGAGAAUAUACUUUCUUAAAGUAGCCAAGUUAUUGAUAUUAUUACUUAAGGAGAUGGUAUAAUUAAUCUUGAAUCGUUGAAUAUAUAGUAAAUUUAAAGCACAUUAAAUUUUGAUAGCCAAGGAUGUAUUAGAAUUUAUUCGAAGAAUAGUUUUUUGAAUUUUUAAUUAAUUAAUACAAUUUUUUAAAGAGUAAAUAAUAAAUUGGACUCUUCUAUUUUAACAAUUACUCCAUCUUUGGUAUAAAAUUUUAUAAAGAUAUAAAACGUUUAAUUGACAGAUUGUAUUUCACUAAUAAAUCAAUUUAUUUAAAUUGAUUUUUCAUUUAAAAAAUCUGAUUUAAAUAAAAUUAUAAUACAAAAUUUAAAAAUAACUCAAAAUGAUCAAGCUUGGAUUCAAUAUUUUGAAAUGAUCCAAUAAAUUAAUUAAAUUGAGAUUGAUAAAAUUAUUAAUGAUAAUGCAGUUAUUAAUUUAUAUGGAUGUUCUCUUAUUAUUGAUGGAUUGAUUAUCGAAGGAACAUAUAUUUCAUCAAUCAUAAAAAUAUCAGAUUCACCAAAUAUUAUUAUUUCAAAUUGUAAUUUUGACUCAAUCAAGACAUUUUAUCCUUUAAAUAUUUUACACUUUGAGUAGUAGAUAGAAUCAAAAUUAUACAUUAGCAUAUAAAAUAUAAAUUUUAAUAAAUAUUCUAUAUUUUCAAAAUGGAAUUAUGAAGAUUUAAGAAUAAAGACAUUUAUAUUUUACUUUUAGUAUAAUUAAUGUAGUUUUGAAAACAUCAUAGAAUCUACAAAAAUAAAUUACUAAAUAUUUUAAAUUCAGGCUCUAUUAGAUAUUUUAAAUAAGAAUAUGAAAAUUUCUGGUAGUUUAAUUUAUUUAGAGAGUAUUUCCAUUAAUAAUAUAAUCUAAUUUAGUUCGGUUUCAAUUAGUUAAAGCAAUUGUAGAGAAUGUUAAUUGGGAUUACUUUAUUUUUAUAUUUUGUCAUUUUAAAAAUUUAAGCUGGUAGACUUGAUUUUCACAAAAAAUUAUAUAAGUUAAUAUGGAUGUAUUCAUUUUAAUACACUUUAAUAAAAAAAUUAAAAGAUAAAACUACAUUCUUCUCUCUUCUUACUUAAUUAUGGUAAUAUAGGAUCAGCUAUUUAUUCAAAAUAACUUAGUAUUGAUAUUAUUAAUUGUAAUUUUUUAAAAAAUACUGCUGAAUCUUUUGGAGGAGCUAUUUACAUGUUAAAUUGUAAAAAUGAUUUUAAAAUCCUAAAAUCAUAAAUUAUUGAAAAUAAUGCUACUCAAGGAGGUGGAAUUUAUUUUAAUGGAAGUAAUUCGUUAAAUCAAUAAAAUUUUGUAAAAUCUUUGAUUUAAUUUAAUACUGCAAUAUUAUUAACUAAUAAUGUAGUUGAAGUUCCUCAUCAUUUAUCAUUAUCAAUAAAUAAUUAAGAAAUGAUUUCAGAACAAAUUAAAUUUUAGAAUAUUACAUCAAAUUUUUUGAAAUUAAAAAAAUACCAGAUUUUAGAAUAAGGUAAAAUUAAAUUUACGAAUGCGUUUAUGAUUCCAAGCAAUUAAAUUAUUUAAAAUUAUAAAGUAUUUAAUCCUUAAAAUUAUUCUUAUUUAACUUAUAUAAGAGAAUUUCAAAUAAACUAAAAAAAUAGUUUAAAUGAAAAGUUAGUUAACUUUCCAAAUUCAUCUUGUGAUAUAAGUUUAAAUACUUAGUUAACAGAUAAUAAAACGGUAAUACAAUAGAAUUCUAAUCAAACUAUUUUCUAUAAUUAAAUGAAAAAUGGUUUUGAUUUAGGAUAGAUUUCAAUUCUUUUUAAUCCAUAUUAAGAGGAAAAUAUUUUUUUUUAAUUAUAGAUUAAUUGUACGAAUAAUUUUUAAGAGAAUAUUUUGCAAUAUGUAAUAAAAGGAAAGACCUUGAAAUGUUAAUUAGGUGAAUUUUAUUAUAAUGAGGGUUGUUAAUAAUGUGAACCUGAUAAAGGGUUUUAUUCUGUAACAUAUAAUAAUUCUAAAUGUUCUAUUUUUGACAAAACAAAAUUAAAAAAUAUAAUGUCUAAUUAAAUAGAAUUACUUGAAGGUUUUUGGAGGCCCAAUCAUUUUUCAGAUUUAACUGAGUAAUGUUUCAAAAAUCAAUAAUUCUGUUUAGGAGGUUGGUAAGUUGGAAAUGAUUUAUGUUAACUUGGUCACACUGGAGCAUUAUGUGAAGAAUGUGAUAUAUAUAAUAUUAGAGGUUAUGGAAACUAUUUUAAAAUUAUUUCAGAUUCAAAAUGUGCUUUAUGUGAUGAUAGUAAACCUAACAUUGUAUUAACAAUAAUCUUUGCUUUACUAUGGUAUGGAAAUUUAAAAUAAAAAUAGGUCAAUUAUAUAAAUUAUUUUAACAUUAAGAAGUAUUGAGGAAUCAAAUAAAUUAUUUUAAUCGUUAAAAUUGAGAUAAAGAUUUAGUAAAAUUCUAUUUAAAUUAAAUUAGGGUAUUAUAAUUAUUUAAUAUUCUAGACCAUAAGGGUAUUUUGAUAAAAAUGUUUAUCAAUUAUUUAUGGAUUUUAACUCUAAUCUUUACAUUUAAUAUUUAGUUUCCUUUAUUUUUUGGGUUUGUCGAAAGAACUAGUAAUCCAUCAAUAUUUAUGGCAACUAGUUUAGAAUGUUAUACAGCUGAUAUACAUAAUAUCUAAUUAAUCUAUUUAAGAAUUAUUAUGCUAUUUAUAGUACAAUUGAUCUUAUUCCUUAUAAUUUAUGGGGGAUAUAAGAUUAGCUCUGUAAUGAAAAAUGAAAAAUUCAACAAUAGUAUUUUAUCUAAUACUGCAAUCUAUCUAUAUAUUUCUAAUUAUGCUGAAUUUGCCAAAUAGUAUAAAUAUUUUGUAUUAAUUAGAUUUGCAUCCUUAAUAUCCAUAAGAAAAAUUUCAAAUAUUGAUUUUAUAUAAGGAGAUGUAUCAUUACAAUAUUAUACUAAUACUCAUUAAGAAUGGGUUAUGUCAUUUGUUAUUCCAGGAUAUUUUUUAAUUUCUUUUAUUAUACCUUCUCUAUUUUUCAUAUUAUUGUUUAUUCUGAGAAAUAAAUUAGAUUAAAUUAAAUUAAGAAAACACAUAUGCUAUGUUUUUAAUGAAUACAAAGAAGAAAAUUAUUAUUGGGAAUUUAUCAAAAUUUGGUAAAAAACUAUAAUGAUAUCUAUUAUUAUUUACUUUGAAACAAAUACCUACUUAAAAGGAUCUCUAUUAGGUUUAAAUCUUUUAGUUUAUUAAGCAUUUGCUUUGAAAUUCAAACCAUAUCUUAUACUGAAAUUCAAUAAUCUUGAUCUAAUAACUUCAUAGAUCUGUUCAAUAGCUAUAUAUGUAGCAAUAGCAAAAUAUGCAAGUGAAUAACAAAAUAAUUAAAGUUGGUCAGUAAUUCUAUAAUUUCUAAUUAUUAUUUUAUUGAUCAAGUUAUGCCUUCCUUUUAUUCAUAAUAUCUUAUUAGCUUAUCAUAAAAAUUAUAAAAUAUAUAUAUUAACUUAAAUUCAUAGAAUACUUAAAUGGUGUUUACCAUCUUUCUUUUUGACUAAAUUUAUUCAAAGAAAAUUAUUUUCAUAUGAAAAAUAGUAGUAAUAAAUUCAUUAAAAUUUUAUGAAAUUGAAAUAAUACUUAUUUUCACGCAUAUAAAAUUAGAAAAAGAAACCUCUUUUUAGUAUAUUAUUUAGAAAAGGUUCAUAAUAAAUGAGUCCAAGAUUAUAUACUGAAACUUAGAGAUAUACAGAUUCAAUAAAUUUAAAUUAAAUAUGA